ACUUGAUGAAAGCAGGCCUUAUUAGUUAUUUUUCUUUGUUCUUUCUGCUAUUUUCUUUCGUCUACCGUGCGAAGUGUGAAAACUGAGAAAAUGAAGAAGAGAAUCUGUACCGUUGAUAAAUGAACAGGUUCAACACAAUUCUACUUUAUGUUGAAAAGAAGAAAGAGAAGGUUGCCAAUAUCAUGCAUGGGUUACGAAUCUCAUUGAUUGAAUAUUGAAUUUUGAAGCAUCCCUUCUGCAGUUCAUGCUUUGUCGCAGAAAAUAAAAUGAGAGAAAAAUUCGUGCAGCUUCAGGUAAGCAAAUUUUUUUGGCGAAGCGUAUAGCUGAAGAAAAUCCAACGAUGCUUGGUGGAUCCAUUGCUGCAACGAGGAGGGGAAUAUCAACUUUUCCUCCUUUCUCUCAGAGAUUAAAGCAAACAGCAGAAAAUGAAAUUGUUCAAAUGUUUCGGUUGCCUAAUUCCCAUGAAGGAGACCACCGUAGCGUUCCCGUGACAGGAAGAUAUGUGUCGAGGAAGGAACCUUAUUCUCGGACAUUGGAUGAGCGAUUCAUUAGGAUUUUGAAAAUAUUUAAAUGGGGACCUGAUGCAGAAAAGGCCUUGGAAGUGCUGAAACUGAAGGUUGAUGCUCGCUUGGUUCGCGAGAUUCUAAAGGUAGAUGUUGAGGUUAUUGUCAAGACUCAGUUUUUUAAGUGGGCUGGGAAGAGGAGGGGUUUUGAACAUGAUUCGACCACUUACAUGGCAUUGAUUCGCUGCUUGGAUGAACAUAGGAUGUUCGGUGAACUUUGGAAGGCAAUACAAGACAUGGUUAAGGGUUCAUGUGCAAUGGGUCCUGCUGAAUUGUCCGAAAUCGUGAAGAUCUUGGGCAGGACCAAGAUGGUUAACAGGGCAUUAUCUGUCUUUUACCAGGUCAAGGGUCGCAAGUGCAGACCCACAGCGAGCACUUACAACUCUGUCAUCUUGAUGCUGAUGCAAGAGGGGCAUCAUGAAAAGGUCCAUGAGUUGUAUAAUGAAAUGUGCAGCGAAGGCCAUUGUUUCCCUGACACUGUUACAUACAGUGCACUUAUAUCAACAUUUGCUAAACUAAAUCGUGAUGACUUUGCCAUUAGAUUAUUUGAUGAGAUGAAGGAAAAUGGACUGCAGCCCACAGCGAAAAUAUAUACAACUUUAAUGGGAAUAUACUUUAAGUUGGGUAGGGUUGAAGAAGCAUUGGGCCUGGUCAAGGAGAUGAGAGUGAGUCGGUGUCUCCCAACUGUCUUUACUUACACAGAAUUGAUAAGAGGGCUGGGGAAGUCUGGGAGGGUUGAAGAAGCCUACAUGAUAUACAAGAAGAUGCUGAAAGAUGGUUGUAAACCUGAUGUCAUUCUGAUGAACAAUUUGAUUAAUAUUUUGGGAAGAUCUGAUCGUCUAAGAGAUGCCAUUAAGCUUUUUGAUGAAAUGAAAUUGCUGAAUUGUGCUCCAAAUGUUGUCACAUAUAAUACCAUCAUCAAAUCUUUAUUCGAAGCCAAAGCACCACCUUCUGAAGCUUCUUCAUGGUUUGAGAGGUUGAAGAAAGAUGGAAUAGUCCCCAGCUCAUUUACUUAUUCAAUUCUCAUUGAUGGUUUCUGCAAAACAAAUCGAGUUGAGAAGGCGUUGUUGCUUCUCGAGGAAAUGGAUGAGAAAGGCUUUCCACCUUGUCCUGCUGCCUACUGCAGCCUGAUCAACACCCUCGGAGUAGCAAAGCGCUAUGAUGUUGCAAAUGAGCUAUUCCAGGAAUUGAAGGAGAACUGUGGAUGUUCAAGUGCUCGUGUGUAUGCUGUAAUGAUUAAGCAUUUUGGAAAAUGUGGGAGACUCAAUGAAGCUAUCAAUCUUUUUAACGAGAUGAAAAAACUUGGAUCCACCCCUGAUGUUUACGCUUAUAAUGCUCUCAUGACUGGAAUGGUAAGGGCUGAAAGGGUGGACGAAGCUUUCUCCUUGUUUAGAACUAUGGAAGAAAAUGGUUGCACCCCAGAUAUAAAUUCUCAUAAUAUUAUCCUGAAUGGCUUGGCUAGAACUGGUGGCCCAAAGCGUGCUUUGGAAAUGUUUACGAAAAUGAAGAACUCGACUAUUAAGCCAGAUGGGGUUUCUUACAACACCGUUCUUGGUUGUCUUAGCAGAGCAGGUCUGUUCGAAGAGGCUGCAAAACUUAUGCAAGAAAUGAGUUCAAAAGGAUUUCAGUACGACCUCAUCACCUACUCUUCAAUACUCGAGGCAGUCGGUAAGGUUGAUGAUUGUAAAAUGGUGGAGUCAUAAGAGCCAUCUGGUACCACCUUUUUGAGUGAUAACGAUUAUUAACAAACCUUGAAUUGCAUUAAUGAUUUUGAAGUGAGGAACGGAUUUUUUUCAAGUUAAGUGGUUUGGAACAUUCACUGAAGAAAAUCAAUAUUGUAGAAAAUCCCUUAUAUAUUGUUUAGAAACCUUGGAAAGUUAGUCCAUUUCAAUCUGAAAAAGGAAUUUUUUAUUGCAUUAAUUAGUUGCCCUGACCUCUUAAGCUGUAAUAAUUUUGUAUAUGUCAGUUUUUUUAUCAAACAAUGGCUUGCAAUUCUUUUAACCAUCAAUAGGGAGAUAAGGAUGGAAGAUAAAUAGAAAAAGAAGUAGUUUAUAACGUGCUAUAGGAAAUUGUUGUAUGGAUAGUGUAACUCUUUAUUUUGAGUAGUAGCACAUCCAAAAACAGUUUAUUUACAUGUCAUUUUAUUGAGUAAUGAUACAAAUAGCAACAGAUUAUUUUACAUAUUUUUUGUGUGGGUAAUUGAAGAACAAUUGAGUUCUGCUUAAUUCUUUAUUUGACAAAAAUUUGCACAGUUUCUAUCCAUAUUCUUGCAACUAUCAUAUUCACUGUACUUUCUGUUUUUGGUAUAUAUAAAUAGAAUGCAACCAUGACGUUUAUGUUAGCAGUGAACAAGUGAUACACGACAUUUUUUUUCCAGCUUCUAUAUAACAUCUUAUUUGGUUUGUUAUGAUAUUGAAGUUGAAAAAAAUUCUAGUACAGAGGAGGCGUGCUGUUGAUGAAGCUUUUUAAUACAAUUUCGGUUGUAGAGUGUUAAACUUGUAUUUAGAGCUUACAAAUAUGCAAGGACACAGUUUUG